AUGUCUAGCCGGAUUGAGCUUCUUCUUUUGGCGGUGGAAAACGAUAAUGUUGAGUUACUUACCGGAAUUCUCACUCCACAAAACGUUAAUUACGUUGAUACAGAAAGGCGCAUGACUUUGCUUAUGUGGGCCGUAGCUCUUCGAAAACACUCUAUUGUCGAGUUGUUGCUUGGUCGUGGGGCUUCAAUGUAUCCUCGCGACAUGUUUCAAUUCAAUGUAUUUCAUCACGCAGCAUGGUGUUCCGAUGUAAAAAUGUUGGAAAUAUUACUUUUUCUUCCAUCCCGUACUGGAGGCACAUGUGUAAAUUCAAAUAGUUUGGGCUUUUCAUGCUCAAGCAGUCGGCAAUUUAGACCUGGUUCCAGAGCACUCGUCGAUCUUCCCCAUUCAUACACGGGACGCACACCUUUAAUGCUUGCCGCCAUUCGAGGAGACGCCAACAUGGUUGAUUUUCUCAUUAGGAAGGUUGGUUCCAUUCUUAGCUUGACAGAUUUUAGGGGAAAUACGGCGAUGGAUCUGGCCGCUCGUUGUGGACACAAGACCGUUGUCACACUUCUAUUGUGCAGGGGGGAUGAUAAUGCCGACCUCGUUUUUGAGAGAACUAGAUGUCAAGCUGAAGCAAACUGCGAAGAAGCCUUGACAAUGCGGCAGUUGGAAGUACAAAAAGACCUGAAUAUGCUUUUAUGUAGUGAGUGGCUUCCACAGUCUUUUGUGGCUCUUUCAUGA